AAGAUACUUUAAAAGUCACAUAGUCCAACUUCCUCAUUUUACAAAUAAGGAAGCUGAGGCCAGAAUUAUCAGAUAAUUUUGUUGAAAGAAAAUCUGAGGCAAAAUUUCAGCCUGGAAUUUUCUCCCUUAAAUUUAUAUUAAUUGUUUGAUUCUUCAUCUCCAUACACUGAAUGGCAUUUACCAAAUAUGUUUGUUUAUUAUAUUAACCCAUGUUGAUAAAAUGCUUUAUUUUCCACAUAAAUAUAACAAUUUUCUGAGUUCAUAAGGGCAAUAAAGGAUCUAGUUUAGACAUUAGUCUACUGUGUUUCUCUGGGGUUAAAUAAUCACAUAGUUGCCCACUACCAAGGGCCAAUUAUUUAUCAAAUAUUUUAUCCCCAGUGCCACCCAGCUCAAAGUACUGGGUUGAUUGCUAUUAUUACAUGAGAGAGUGAAUGUAGACUACUAACUCUUUCCUAACCAUAUCACACAUACAUAUACCUGCACACUAAACACAGUUCAUUCUUCUCAUCUUCCUUUUCCCCUCCUCCUCCUUUCCCUUCUUUUGCUAUUCCUCCUUCUCAAUCUCUUCUCCUUUUUUCCCCUCUUCUCUUCCCCUCUUCCUGCUUUCCUUAUUUUUCUAUUUCUCCUUUUCAAUCUCUUCUCCCCUUCUUAUUUUUCCUCCUCCUAUUCCUCCUUCUUUUUCUUAAUUAAUUUUUUUCUCCUUCUCUUCCUAUUCCUCUUCAAUCUGCUUCUCCUCUUUUUUCUCCACAGCACAGUGUCAAGCAUUUAUGAAGAACUUCAUAAAUUCAUAUUAAUUUACUGACUCACUGAAUGACUUGGUAAGGCAGAGCUAUGGUUAAGUACUGCUUCUGAUGCCUACUAACUCCAUGUACGAACCUUGCCAAAUCAGCUAACCUCUUUCUGUCUUAAUUUCUUCUUUUGAAAACUGAGAGGCCCCGCCCUAUUGAAAGAAUUCCAUAGUUUCCGCUUCAGGUCGCGACGCACGCUAGAGAUCGGUCAUGGCAAAUCACCUGAAGUUCAUUGCCAGAACUUUGAUGGUUCAGGAAGGGAAUGUGGAUGGUGCAUACAGGACCUUGAACAGAAUUCUUACUGUGGAUGGGCUCAUUGAUGACAUCAAGAGGCGGAGCUACUAUGAGAAGCCAUGUCGUCAAGGACAGAGAGAGAGCUAUGAGACUUGUCGGCGCAUUUACAACAUGGAAAUGGCACGAAAGAUUAACUUCUUGAUGCGCAAGAAUCGGUUGGAUCCAUGGCAGGGCUGCUGAGGCCAUUAGAGAAAAGAGACCCAGUGUGAGAACUCACAAGUAUGCAAUAGCUCUGUCUCCAUAGGUUUCUUCUAAGAACCUAAAAACUGGGACAUUUGCUUCUCUUUUUUCAGUCCUAUUUUUUCUUGCCAUCUUUUCCAUCCCAAUAUAGCCAAGAUACAUACAUGCAUGUGUAUCAGGUAUUCCCCCUCCCAAGCCAGUGAUAUCAUUAAAUGUUCCUCCUUGCCA